AUGCCGAGCGGCAGCUCCGCGGCCCUGGCCCUGGCGGCGGCCCCGGCCCCGCUGCCGCAGCCGCCCCCGCCGCCGCCGCCGCUGCCUCCGCCGCCGCCGCCCCCCGCGGGCGGCCCGGAGCUCGAGGGGGACGGGCUCCUGCUGAGGGAACGCCUGGCCGCGCUGGGCCUCGACGACCCCAGCCCGGCGGAACCCGGCGCCCCGGCGAUCCGGGCCGCGGCGGCGCAGGGCCCGGCCCGGCGGGCGGCGGGGCCAUCACCCGACGAGCGGGCGCCGCCCGGCCGACCCGGGGUCUCGGAGGCGGCCGAGCUGGAGCUGGAGGAGGACGACGACGACGACGACGAGGAGGGGGAGGACGCGGAGCUGGACGGAGACCUGCUGGAGGAGGAGGAGCUGGAGGAGGCAGAGGAGGAGGGCCGGCCGUCCCUGCUGCUGCUGUCGCCGCCCGCGGCCGCCGCCUCUCAGACCCAGCCGAUCCCGGGCGGGUCCCUGGGGUCGGUGCUGCUGCCCGCUGCCGGCUUCGAUGCCCGGGAGGCGGCCGCGGCGGCGGCGGCGGCGGGGGUGCUCUACGGAGGGGACGAUGCCCAGGGCAUGAUGGCGGCGAUGCUGUCCCACGCCUACGGACCCGGCGGCUGCGGGGCGGCGGCGGCGGCGGCAGCCCUGAACGGGGAGCAGGCGGCCCUGCUCCGGAGGAAGAGCGUUAACACCACCGAGUGCGUCCCGGUGCCCAGCUCCGAGCAUGUCGCCGAGAUUGUCGGUCGCCAGGGUUGUAAAAUUAAAGCGCUGAGAGCCAAGACGAACACGUAUAUCAAAACACCGGUUCGUGGUGAAGAGCCCAUUUUUGUUGUCACUGGACGGAAAGAAGAUGUUGCCAUGGCCAAACGAGAAAUCCUGUCAGCUGCAGAGCACUUCUCCAUGAUUCGUGCAUCUCGAAACAAAAAUGGCCCUGCCCUGGGCGGGCUGUCCUGCAGCCCUAAUCUGCCGGGUCAGACCACCGUUCAAGUCCGAGUGCCCUAUCGCGUCGUAGGGCUGGUGGUCGGACCCAAAGGAGCAACCAUCAAAAGAAUCCAGCAGCAGACCCACACGUACAUAGUGACUCCGAGCAGGGACAAGGAGCCCGUCUUUGAAGUGACAGGGAUGCCCGAGAAUGUUGACCGAGCCCGAGAAGAGAUUGAGAUGCAUAUUGCCAUGCGCACGGGAAACUACAUUGAGCUCAACGAAGAGAAUGACUUCCAUUACAACGGUACCGAUGUCAGCUUUGAAGGUGGCACUCUGGGCUCUGCGUGGCUCUCCUCCAAUCCCGUUCCUCCUAGCCGCGCCAGAAUGAUCUCCAAUUAUCGAAAUGAUAGUUCCAGUUCCCUGGGAAGCGGUUCCACAGAUUCCUACUUUGGAAGCAAUAGGCUGGCUGACUUUAGUCCAACAAGCCCAUUUAGCACAGGAAACUUUUGGUUUGGAGAUACACUACCUUCUGUAGGCUCAGAAGACCUUGCGGUUGAUUCUCCUGCCUUUGACUCUCUACCAACAUCCGCUCAAACUAUCUGGACUCCGUUUGAACCAGUUAACCCACUCUCUGGCUUUGGGAGUGAUCCUCCUGGUAACAUGAAGACUCAGCGUAGAGGAAGUCAGCCAUCUACUCCUCGUCUGUCUCCUACCUUUCCUGAGAGCAUUGAACACCCACUUGCUCGGAGGGUUAGGAGCGACCCACCUAGUACAGGCAGCCAUGCUGGCCUUCCAAUAUACAUCCCUGCUUUUUCUAAUGGUACCAAUAGUUACUCCUCUUCCAACGGUGGUUCCACCUCUAGCUCACCUCCAGAAUCAAGACGAAAGCACGACUGUGUGAUUUGCUUUGAGAACGAAGUUAUUGCUGCCCUAGUUCCAUGUGGCCACAACCUCUUCUGCAUGGAAUGUGCCAACAAGAUCUGUGAAAAGAGAACACCAUCAUGUCCAGUUUGCCAGACAGCUGUUACUCAGGCAAUCCAAAUUCACUCUUAACUAUAUAUAUAUACAUAAAUACUAUAUCUCUAU